GAUUUAGUGGUUCCUAAUGAACUUAAUUUUAGGGUCAACAGGCAAAAAUUGAAGAUGAAUCUCUUCUGUUUACUGUUUUAGUAUGUCCUUAGGACUUAAUAGUACUUUUCUCGGGAUCUAAUAUGUGACUUGAUUUUUGGAAAUCUGCGGUUUUGUCUCCUCUUCUUUGUUCUAUCGAUUAUAUUACACGUAUAGCUAUUUUCCUGGGAAAAUGUCAUCCUAGUGUUGCUUGAUUAUGUAUGGUAUUUUGGGUAUCAGAAAUGAUACAAGCAAUUUUCAGAUGUCAACUGUGUAUAAUUUAUUAGGAUUUAUAGCUCUUGCAUGCUCUUUAGUCAAGAUCUAGACAUUUACAUGGGUGUUGAGAAAUUUUUGGGGUUUUCUUGUAGACAAGCUUUGUCAUUUUUGAUAUUCAUGUAUAUUAGUUGUGUUCAUUAGCUGACUGUCAACUGUUUGAUUUACCCGCAGUUUUUUUGAUCGAUUCGUUUUCUGUUCAAUUGAAUUCUUGUUCAGUUUCUCCGUAUAGUUCGGUUAGGGAAUGAUUGAUUUAAUCGGAAUAGUCAUCAUAGUUGAUAGAGAUGUGUGCUCUUCAUAUUUUUAUUUUGUGGAAAUGAAACUUCUUCUGCAACUUCCUGAAUUAUUGCACUCUUUGUUUAUUUAUAAUCAAUGAUAUUUUGUGGAAAUGAAACUUGUUCAGCAGUUUCUGAAUUAUUGCAGUCUUUGACUUAUUAUUUUAUCAUCUAUAGGUAUGACCGUAUGAUUGUAUUCCUCUUUGCAGUGAAUAUUGUUUGGUUUCUGAAAAUUUGAGCAAGAUGGGAGGAUGUGUAUCACUACAGAUAGCCUGUGAUCAAACACUGAGCCGCACCUGCGGCUGCUUGUUUGGUGAUGGAAAUUACAUUCAUUUGAUGGAGGCUAAUCUUGAUGCUCUGCAGAAAACUAUGCAAGAGCUUGACGAGAGGCGUGAUGAUCUGUUAAGAAGAGUUUCCAUAGAAGAAGAUCAAGGUUUGCAAAGGCUUGCUCAAGUCCAAGGAUGGUUUUCAAGGGUAGAAGAUAUUGGGUCUCAGGUCAAUGAUUUGCUUAAGGAGAAAUCAGCUGAAACUAAGAGAUUGUGUCUUUUUGGAUACUGUUCUAGCAAGUGCAUAUCAAGCUGCGAGUAUGGUAAGAAAGUAUCGAAGAAGUUGAAAGAAGUUAAAGAACUUCUAUCUAAAGGAGUUUUUGAAGUGGUGGCGGAGAAAGUUCCUGCAGCAAAGGUGGAGAAGAAACAAAUCCAAACCACAAUUGGUUUGGAUUCAAUACUUGAAAAGGCAUGGAACAGCCUCAUCAACAGUGAACGAACAACUUUCGGUCUUUAUGGUAUGGGGGGAGUUGGCAAAACCACCCUCCUAGCUCUUAUCAACAACAAAUUUGUUCAAAUGGUGGAUGGAUUUGAUGUUGUGAUAUGGGUCGUGGUCUCUAAAGAUUUGCAAAAUGGAGGCAUUCAGAAUCAGAUUCUGGGAAGAUUACGUCUUGACAAGGAAUGGAAACAAGAAACAGAAAAGGAGAAAGCCUCUUCCAUAUACAAUAUCCUUACUAGAAAGAAAUUUGUGCUGUUAUUAGACGAUUUAUGGAGCGAGGUAGAUCUGAACGAGAUAGGAGUUCCACCUCCAACUCGAGAUAAUGGAUCAAAGAUCGUUUUCACCACUCGUUCAAAGGAAGUUUGCAAAGACAUGAAAGCCGAUGAUGAAAUGAAAGUUGAAUGUUUGUCACGGGAUGAGGCAUGGGUACUGUUUCGAAAUAUAGUUGGAGAAACCCCAUUAAAGUGUCAUCAGGAUAUUCCCACACUAGCAAGAAAAGUGGCUGAGAAAUGUUGUGGCUUACCCCUUGCACUCAAUGUUAUUGGCAAAGCCAUGGCAUGUAAAGAGGAUGUCCACGAGUGGCGUCAUGCGAUUAAUGUUCUCAACUCGUCUAGCCACGAGUUUCCGGGUAUGGAAGAAAAGAUUCUUUCCAUUUUGAAGUUCAGUUAUGAUGGUUUAGGGGAUGAAAAAGUCAAAUUGUGCUUUCUAUAUUGUUCUUUGUUUCCGGAAGAUUAUGAAUUAAAGAAGGAGGAAUUGAUAGAAUAUUGGAUCUGCGAAGGAUUUAUAAAUGGAAACAUAGAUGAAGAUGGAAGUAACAACCAAGGUCAUGCUAUUAUUGGUUCGUUAAUUCGUGCACAUCUAUUGAUGGAUGGUCAAUUUACAACGAUGGUGAAAAUGCAUGAUGUUUUACGCGAAAUGGCCCUUUGGAUAUCUUCUAACUUUGGAAAACAGGAAAAAAAGCUUUGUGUCAAAUCUGGCGCGCAGUUAUGCAAUAUACCAAAGGACAUCAACUGGGAAAUUGUGAGAAGGAUCUCGUUGAUGAGUAAUCAGAUUGCAGAGAUAUCUUGCUGUCCUAACUGCCCCAAUCUUUUGACCCUACUACUCCGUAAUAACAGUUUGGUGGAUAUUUCUGGUGAAUCCUUUCGUUUUAUGCCAGUCCUUGUUGUCUUGGAUCUUUCGAAGAACCAUAGUCUUUAUGGAUUGCGAGAAGAAAUUUCCUGCCUGAGUUCCUUGCAAUACCUCAAUUUAUCAUCCACAUGGAUAAAAUCGUUACCAGUUGGUUUGAAGGGGUUGAGUAAACUAAUAAGGUUGGAUCUGGAGUUUACUUUUGGACUUGAAAGCAUUGCUGGGAUAGGAACAAGCUUACCAAAUCUUCAAGUGUUGAAACUAUUUCAUUCCCGUGUUGGUAUUGAUACAAGAUUAAUGGAAGAGCUACAACUUUUACAGGACUUAAAGAUUUUAACAGCAAACGUAGAGGAUGCUUCGAUUUUGGAAAGUAUCCAAGGAGUAGAAGGACUGGCGAGUAGUAUUCGAGGUUUAUGUCUACGGAAUAUGUUUGAAGAGGUUGUAAUAUUAAACACGGUAGCUUUGGGUGGUCUUCGACGCCUGGCUGUUCAGAACUCCAAAAUCUUAGAGAUAAAUAUAGAUUGGGAAAACAAAGAAAGAGAAGAGCUUCUAUGUACAAGUUCUCUAGGCUUCAAGCACCUCUCCACUGUUUCUGUAUACAGUUUGGAAGGUUCAAAAAACUUGACCUGGCUGUUGUUCGCUCAAAAUCUCAGGUACCUAACUGUAUCGGAUUCAUCAUGCAUAGAAGAAAUAAUAAAUUGGGAGCAGGGAAUAUAUAUUAGCAAUGUGUGUCCAGAUAUUUUGGUUCCAUUGGGGAAGCUAGAAUCCCUUGAAGUAACUAAUUUGUAUGCACUGAAGAGAAUUUGCUCGAAUCCUCCAGCUCUUCCAAACCUGAGACAAUUUGUUGUCGAAAGAUGCCCCAACCUGCCGAAAGCUGCCACUGAGUUUCUGAGAUAUGAACAGGAAUAAUGGAUGGACAGGCUUGGAAUUUGGAGGAGGCUCCUGAAUCCAGGGAUAGUCUCCAGUUUCAUGUUAGGAAGAUGAAGCCAUUGCAUAUGUGUGAGUGUGACUGUUUCCACAGUUCUUAAUUUUAUUUGGUUUUAUGUGUUGCUUUUGCUGAAAUGACAUUGUUGUCAAGUUGCAUUCCUCAAGUUGGAAACUUUCAUUGAGAAACUGUGUAAAUUCAAAGACUUUUGGUGUGUAACUGUCAUUAAGAAACUGAUGCUUGAACAUCUAAAAUCUUUUGGAUGCUUGUCCAAGUGAGGAGCUUUUACAAGAUCAAGCAAAUUCCAUCUUCA